AUCUAUCUCCCUCUGUGAUCUCAGUCCAACGCAUUGGGUGGAUCAUCCUAGACCAUUGGCCUCGUCAUCCCCAGAUCAAUUAAGAAUUGAAAGCGUCAAUCCUCCACUAUGGCUUUGGCUCCUGUGAAUCCUCCUUUGGGAGUGUUCCAGCACUACUAUGCAGGAAGGCCGACCACCCUCGUACUCAAGGAGAAGAUCAUGUCGUGGACAGGUGACGAUUUCAGCGUCAAAGACACCGACGGCAAUGUUGUAUGCAGAUGCUCAGGACAAGCAUUUAGUCUUCGCGAACGAAAGAUCAUCACCGAUCCUAAUGGAAACGAGCUCUUCCACUUGAGAAAGAAGCAGCUUGCUAUUCAUUCCACUUGGAUCGGUGAAGACGCUGGAGGAAGCGAGAUCUUCGCCAUCACAAAGCAUUUCAGCCUUGGUACAAAGAUGCGAGCCAAAUUCACCAACGUUUCUACGGGCGCCCGCGAGACCAUCUCGAUCCGUGGUGGCAUCCUGUCUCAAAGCGCAGACAUUACAAUCGGCGAAGACGGUAGUGGACCUGCCGUAGCACGCAUCGAGAGAAAGCUAUUCUCCCUCGGUGAAUGGGCGGGACAGCAGACCUAUACAGUCACUGUGGCCCAAGGAGUCGAUCUCGCUCUCAUUGCUGCUAUUUGUAUCUGCUUUGACGAGGCUAAACACGAAGCCAGUGCAGCUGCUGCUUGACAGGUUGUGGAACGCGUAUGACGCCAUGGUGUAUGAGUUGCGGAUUUUUAUGCAUGUUCUUGGCAAUGUG